AGAUAACACUGAUUGUUUGCAUCUUUGCAUCAGACAGGAGUUUAAGUGUCAGGAAAAAGUUUCCGUGUGGACCAGGCAACGCGUGUGCAUGCAAAUGUGAUAAACAGGAAAAGGUGUCAAUGGACUGUGAAGGAAGAGGAAAUCUUAAACUUUCCGAGAUAUGUGUGUCUAUUGGAAAUAUGACAUCACUUAAAGCUGGAAGAAAUAACUUCGGCAACCUAACAGCAUUGGAUCUCAAAGGAUGUGAGAAUUUAGCAGAAAUAUAUUUUAAUUUCAAUCAGAUUGCUCACAUAGAACGAGAGAUAUUCCAGGACUUUCGGCACCUACAUCUAUUAGAUCUUUCGAGAAAUUUGCUUCAGGUCUAUUUCAAAGGCUGGGAUGCAUCUUUUCUUCCAAAGAACCUUCAUACAUUAAAAAUAAACGGCAAUCCAAUACCAGAUAAUGCCAACUUUCCGAAUCUGGACAGUCAAUAUUACCUGAAUAAACUCAUAUCGGAUGGAGUUUCGAAUAAGGCUCUCAACGUUUCAAGACUGGCAUAUUUGUCUCUAUCCGGAUUAAAUUUACAAACAACAUGUCAACUCAUUCGAAUAAACAAUGAAACAUUUUCGCUUUCGAAUUCACUAAAAGUUUUGAAUAUUUCCGACUGUGGAGUCAUCAGCAUCACUGCAGGAGCUUUCGAGCAUCUUCACAGUCUAGAGGUAUUGGAUCUAUCUUAUAACCGUCAGCUGGAAUUAUGGAGUUUGGUGAAUAUCACGUACGGCUUGCAGUUUACAAGGAUACGUUUUUUGAACAUAUCAAAUCUAGUCAGUAGGUUCAGCAGCGGAAAACAAAUUAAAUUGCCGCAUACGUGUUAUCUCUGGAACACAACGGUCGAAGAUGUAGAUUUAUCGGGAAACAUGAUAGAUAUGGUUGAAACCAACUCAUUUAUUUUGACACCUCCGUCGUUACAAAUUCUUCGCAUAAAUCAGAAUAAAUUUCGGUUCGGUCCAUAUGUGCUUCAGUUUGGAUGCCUAGGUAAUGUUACUGCGGUGUUUUUAAGUUACCAAAAUCAUGGCUAUAAUCCACUUAUUUAUGUUGCGGAAAACAGUAAAAGAUAUUCUGGACCCACGGAGGAACUGUAUCAAAUGGAAUGUCCUUUUUGCAAUGUCAGCUUUUUGAAAGAGUACGCAAACCGCACCAGAGAUUGCACAUUUAUUGAGAAUGGUGUGCUAGAUUUAUUUCAUUUAAAACUGCCUGUAAGAAUGGAACGUAUUAUAGCAAAUGAUUGUGCUCUGACCUUUAAAAUUAAUUAUAAAUAUUAUUUUAAUCCAGAAAAUAGUUCAAUGCGUUAUGUCGAUAUAUCUGGAAAUAUUGUUGAGUCUUUUACCGGAUAUAUUGGAAAUCUGCCGAUGCUAGAAACUUUAAAUAUGUCUCGCUGCUAUACCUCAUCUAUUGGUCAGACCAGUUUGAACUACAUAUCUCUGAAAACUUUACGACUGGCUCACAAUGAUAUAGGCGCACAACUGGCAGAUUCAAAACGAUCCAACAUAUUUAAUAUGCUUCCAUCACUUCAAGAUUUGGAUCUGUCUUCAAAUGGAAUAACAGUUCUGUUUACUUCGACUUUUAAAGAACUUGUCAAUUUGCGUCACUUAGAUUUAAGCAACAACAAUAUAGAACACUUUGACGUAAAUAUAAACACAUUAUCACAUUUGUUACAACUAAAUCUGGAAAUUAACUCAAUUCAUACAUUAAAAAAAGAAGUUCGACGCAAACUUGAAGCCAACGAAAACGAUCGUUCUAAGUUUUCAAUUAACUUACAAAAAAACUCGCUGACAUAUGACUGCAACAAUCAAGAAUUUCUACACUGGUUGAUUCAACACAAAGCAAACAUGGUUGGAUUCAGGGGAUAUAUCUUUAUUUCAUCUGACGAGAAGUCAAUAACUUGCGACAAAAUGAUGACUGAUCUGGACCGUCUUGAGUCGAGGUGUAAGUCAUAUGUAGCGGUAAUUAUAGUCGGUGUGUUGGCAUUGGCAACAUUCCUGUCAUUGAUCAUUGGUGGUGUGAUAUACAGGUAUCGCUGGAGAAUACGAUACUUUAUGUAUAUGUCAAAGAAGAGAUUUUUUGGAUAUCAUAUACUUCCUGAUUACACAGUUAUACAAAACUAUAAAUACGAUGCAUUCGUAUCGUAUGCAGAAGACAAUAUACGUUUUAUACUUGAUGACGUCAUUCCUUGACUAGAGACGGAUAUUAUUUCAUUUUGCAUUCACCAAAGAGACUUCCUCCCUGGCAACGCAAUCUCAGACAACAUUAUUCACGCAAUCCAGAGCAGCAGAAAGACGAUUGUCAUCUUAUCAAAUGCCUUUUUGAAGAGCAAGUGGUGCAUGUAUGAAUUCAACAUGGCGCGAAUGGAGAGCAUAUACUCAAGAGGGGAGAACAUUUCGCUAGUUAUCGUGAUGCUGGAACCGAUUGCACAUAAAACUAUGUCAUUGGAAAUGGUACGGUGGAUUCAAGACAAUAAUUACAUUGAAUACACUACUGAUCACGACGGGAACGCUCUUUUCUGGGACAAACUGAGACGUGCGAUAACAUCGUAAAUUCGAGCAUGCAUAAUGUUUACCUUAGUAUGUAGUUUAUUUACUUUCUCGUCAGUCAUUACAUGAUUUUUCAAGUUGUAUCCUAAACCGCAUUGUGUAAGGUUUAUACUUUCUUGUAUGUUUUAUAUGAGGUCAAACAUGAACUAAUCAACUGCAAAUUCGGCCAUAGUGGUUGCAAUUUUGGUAAGCAUUUGUUUAAGGGUGAGAUCGCUGCAAAAUAGAAGUAUUUGGGAAUGUUAUUUAUCUGCAAUUGUUUCCAGUCACUUGGAAAAUACGGUUUAGCGAUUCAACUAUGUCAUACAUGGUAUCAUAUUGUUUGUUACACUUAUCAUUAUUAUUUUUUAUUAUUUGAUAUUAUAAUGAAAAAUAAGAUGGCGAAGCGUUAAAAUGAAAGCCAUAUAAAUACUAAAAAUCAACGAAUAUUUCGUCAAAUAUCGGUAAAAUUAAGUUAAGCAAUGCAAAAUAAGUGUUCCUUAUAGCAAUUGCCAAAAUUUCAAUGCUAG